AUGCAAAAGGUCAUCCAAAGGACGGCUGCUGCCAGGAAGCAGGCCCAGAAGAAGCUCUUUCGGGCCAGGCAGCAGGAGGAAUUGGUGGAUCGCAAGGACACAAUUCGGACUCGAAAGGAAUACAACCGGGCCAUGAUCGACAACCUCAAGGAAGCUCGAAACGCCCGCUGGGAGGACUGGAAGAAGGGAGAGCUGGCUCCGAAGCGUGAUACGGGACUGGAAGCCACGACCUAUGGUGCCCUUGAUCCUGCCCUGAUGCACCCACCGCGCAUCCCGAAACAUCUCCGCCGAAAGCACAUCCUCUUCGCACCCGGAGACCGAGUCUGCGUUAUUCGCGGUCGGGACCAAGGCAAGAUCGAAGAGAUCACUCAGGUCAACGAGGAAAGCGAGACUCUGCUGAUCAAGAACGUCAAUGAAGCCGAUAUCAAUGUUCCCGAGUGGGCGAAGGCUUCAAUGGGAAUCAAGAGCGAUGUUCUUCUCCAGAACAUGCCGGUGCCAAUGGACGACGUUCGACUGGUCUUCGCGAUGACCGAUGGUAAAGCCACCAAAGACUACAUUGUACAACACGCCCAUGCCGGAAGGCCAUACGUCGAGCGACCUUCCUGGAGCAAAGUGCCCAAAUUCACUCGAUACGUCUCUGGCCUGAACAUUCGAAUUCCUUGGCCUACCGAGGAGGAGCCGCAGUAUGAAGAUGGAGAAUUCGACACAACACGAAUGGAAGUUGAAGGAAGCACCUGGGUGCCUUCGUUGGAUAACCCGCCUUUCCCCUCCACCAUUAUUGACGAACUGCGCAACAAAUACUCUCGAUUCCGAACUCGCCACGACGAGGAAUACGUGCGGGAGAAGGUCAUGGAAGAAUAUCGCCAGGAAUACCUUGCCAGCCAGGCUAUUUUGACACCUACUGGUGAAUUGAAGAAGAUGAAGGUUGAGCAGAGCAUCCAAUCGAGACAGGCUCGAACGGAUGAGAAUGGCAACUUGAUGAUGGACUCGGAGACCGCCAACUUCGUUGAGCGCUUCAUGAGCCAGAAUGCGGCUCCCAAGCCAAGCAAGAAUGCUGGUAAGGCCAAGCAGACCGCUUGA